AUGAACGCCACCGAACCUGAUAUAUUGUUGGCAAAGGGCCAGCAUGAAAUUUCGCAAUUAGGACCUGAAUACAUAUUUGAGCCAAAGGGUGUUGCUUACAAUGUUGUAAUUGAUUUUAAUGCUACUUUUGAUAAUAGUUCAAGUUAUAAUGCAACAGAUGAUUCGGUCGAACUCUGGAACGACUACAUACAUCUGCUUAGAGAUAGAGCUCUUCUUGUUACUUUUCUUCUUUUGUUUUCACUUACUACUGUUUUUGGAAAUAUGCUUGUAAUUUUGGCGGUAAUACGUGAACGGUAUUUGCAAACAUCAACAAAUUAUUUUGUCACAUCACUUGCAGUAGCAGACUGCUUAGUGGGCCUUGUUGUGAUGCCAUUCUCAGCACUAUAUGAAGUUUUAGAACACACAUGGUUUUUUGGCGUAGACUGGUGUGAUGUUUGGAGAUCUUUGGAUGUUUUAUUUAGUACAGCUUCGAUACUUAAUUUAUGUGUUAUAUCACUAGAUCGAUACUGGGCUAUCACAGAUCCGAUAACAUACCCGAUGCGUAUGAGUGGUCGAAAAGCAGCUUUUCUUAUAGCAGCUGUAUGGGUUUGUUCCGGUGCUAUAUCAUUUCCAGCUAUAGCUUGGUGGCGAGCAGUACGUUUGGAAGAAGUUCCGGAUUAUAAAUGCCCUUUUACGGAAAACUUAGAAUAUAUAAUAUUUUCAUCAACUAUAUCCUUUUAUCUUCCUUUGUUUGUUAUGGUGUUCACGUAUUAUCGUAUAUAUCGUGCAGCGUCUAUUCAGACAAGAUCCCUUAAAAUUGGAACGAAGCAAGUAAUGAGGCCCGGUGGUGAGCUAGAGUUAACUUUAAGAAUUCACCGCGGAGGUACAGUACGUCAGAGAGCGGAUGUUUGUCAUGGAGGUUGUACUCCUGAAGAAGCUGAUCAAGAGCCUUUAACUGCAUUACAAAAUAACGGUCUAUCACGGUCUUCAACUCGUAUAACAAAUGUUGCACAUAACAAGCAUGUGCCAAAGAACUUUUCACUUUCCAAAAAACUUGCUAAGUUUGCAAAAGAAAAGAAAGCUGCAAAGACUUUAGGUAUUGUCAUGGGAGUAUUUAUUGUGUGUUGGCUGCCCUUCUUUGUAGUGAACUUAUUAUCUGGCAUAUGUUCGUCUUGUAUUGCCCAUGAGGAAAUUGUGAACGUAGUUGUAACGUGGCUUGGCUGGGUCAACUCUUCGAUGAAUCCUGUAAUUUAUGCAUGCUGGAGCCGUGACUUUAGAAGGGCCUUCCUCAGAAUUUUAUGUACAUGUUGCCCUCGAAAAUUGCGUCGAAAAUACCAACCUCAGCUUCGUUUUAAGCAAUCGCAGUUCAGAACAACUCGUCGUUAUUAUUCAUCAAGUGAACUCAUGGGCAUUCAGCAAACUAGACAAAAUUCAUGUGAACAAACAUUCAUAUAG